ACAGAUAAAAAUUAGUCAAAAAGAAAAACAUAACAGCCAAAAACCUUUCUUAUCUGUUUCCUGUGGUGAUAUCGAUCAGUGACUGUGACAGAGUGGAGAGGACCACAGGAAACCUUCAAAACAAAUCACAGAUGUGACGGUGGAUUAUAAUCCUCUUCUCAACCUAAUCUGAUGAAAACACACUAAAAGGCACGUAUCUUAAAUUAAAAAAAUUAUUUAAAAAAAAAUCAUGAUUCUGAGCUUCAGUGAACGUCAGCAACAUGUUCAGACAUGAAGUAAAUAUACAACUGUCACACAAUAACACAACAACACGGAGAUAUCAACUAAAGCUUCUAACUGUUAGCCAGAAGGAAAGUGUGGAAAUGGCUGAAUGUUAGCCGAACUCUAACGGUUUGUUAGCACAGAAGGUCAAUCCAAAACAAUUCACAAGAAAGGCUAUCGUCAGAUAAGCCGUAAAGAAAGUUAGCUGAGAUGUAGCAACGUAGCUUAAGGGUAGUCACAAAACAGCAACAACGUUGUUCCUUAUUCUAAAGAAGCAGUCACUUUCAUCACAGACAGUUGCUCAAAUGCACAGAAAUGAAAAAAAAAAGAUCUAAAAACUUUAGAUUAGCCGUUAAUAGAAAAAGAAAAGAAAAAAAAAGGAUGAGAACGAUCUGAAGGGUUCCACGUUCUCACGCUCAGCUCAUUCCUCUUUUCACUGCCCUUCACCACAGUGUGUUCUUAUCAUUGGCAUUAGUCUGUGUGCACUUCCUUCUCAGCUGCCCCCAGUGGACACACAUGGUUCUGAUGGGGUUCACAGACACACGCACAGGUCGUGGCCUGAUGUCAAAGGUCAGGUGCAGACUGUCUGUCUUAGAACUUUCUGACUGACUGACCUCCCUCUGUGGUGCUCGCUCAUCGGUCAGUGUUUUCAGCACAGCAUUAACGGAAACGUUUCUAAACCUGUGGUUUAAGGUAAACACACGAGUGGUCGCAAUGAUUGUGACGAGACUCGGAACAGACAACGCAACGAGUUGAGACACGAGUUGAGACACGAGUUGAGACACGGGUUGAGACACGGGCUGCGUUAAGAACUUCAGUUUCAUCAGCUCUCCAGGUAUUUGGUGGUGUUUCGAGGAUCCGUUCCUUAUGAUCUCAUCUAGUGUCAGUCGGCUCAGCUGAGGAACCCCAGGGUUCUUCUCUGGUGGAUCUCAGGUUCCUCCAGAUUUGAUGGUGGUCUGGCAGGAACCACGGUCUUCAGUUCACCACACAAAUUCUCCUGGCGUCUCCUGAAGUCAGGGUUUAACUCUCGUUCAGAGAAGAACAACGUGCUCUUACUUAGUUUCCAUUUUAAAAGUUAAGAACUCCAUCAGAGGAAAAGGUUCAAUCAACAUGAACAAGCUUGCCAACACGCCACCCAGUGGUGGUUAUCUCACCACAGGUUCUGCAGAAAAGUCGACUGUGAUAAAAACAUGGCGAUAAUGAGAGCAGUGAUAACCAUCGGAUUAUUGGAACUGGGGCCAAGCGUAAAUCUGAGAGUUAAAAAUAUGUAGCCACCUGUGGCCAAAACUGGUACUGCACCCAUUAGAGAACAAUGUAAAAGGCUCUAAAAUGUGACGCGUGACUUUUUUACAUUUGUCCAAUCCAAUAAAAAAGCAGAACUGUUUGUAGGAACCAGUCUUCAACUCUAACUUGUUUGAACUUUAUAUUUAUUUCUGUCUAAUGACUGUGUAGGAAACAGGAGACCUGGGAGUAAAGAUAUUUUGCUGCGCUUGAAUCUCUGAGCGUGUGCUGACAGGACGAGCCGUCGGACGAACAGCAACCUGAGGAAUUUCACAACCUGACUGUUCUCAAGGAAAACACCUCUUUCUGCCAGUUUCCAGUCGGAGGGUGAGACCGAGAGAUAAGUAAUGAGUAAUCCUGUUUUAACUUUCCUUAUGACAUAUCCUGACGGGGGGCCAGACCCCCACCAUCCACUGAGGGAGGGGGCAGUUAACUGAAAGCAGCAUUUUCACACUGAACUUCACAGUCAGACGAACCCCCCCCACACACACACACACACAGACCACACCUCCAGCUCAGUAUAAGUUCUCACUCUGUGGAGAAUCAGAGGCAGCUUCUCACUAGACUCACACACACACACACAAACACACACGCACACACUCCGAGACCCGGUGCCCCCUCCCCCCUCCUUCUCAGCACAUGUGUUGACAACGUUCCAGAUUUUCUGACAGUCAGGGGGAGAAGAGUCCGUUCUCCAGGUCCGAGGACUGAGACGUCGGUCUGAGGAGGUGAUGGUUCCACGGCCUGGUAAGACCUCCAAUCAUCUGCUUCUCUUCAUCUUCAUCUUCUGGUAGAGCAGUCGUCAUGGACAACCAGAUGAAUAUGUCGGUCAAUUAUACCAUCGACCACUGCCAUGUGACCAGUCAGGUCACCUACCAGGCGCUGUCCUGGUUGAUGAUCGUGGAGUUUGUCCUGGGGCUGCCUCUCAACCUGUCCGUGCUCUACAUCUUCAUCUUCAGAUUCAAGUUCUGGAAGAACAAAAGCAUCUUCCUCUUCAAUAUCGUGGUGGCCGACUUCCUGUUGGUGGCCUGCCUUCCUGCCAAGGCCUAUCAUUACCAGCUCGGCGAGCGGCGCAGCUCCAACAAGGCCGUAUGUAAGACGCUACUCUUCAUGCUGUUCCUCAACCGAGGAGCCAGCAUCGCUUUCCUCAUCACCCUGUCCCUGGACCGGUACUUCAACGUGGUCCACCUCGGCAGAAGGAACAUUGUCAAGAACUUGAAGAAGUCGCCCCAGAUCUCCAUCAUCAUCUGGGUCCUGCUGCUGCCCCUCACCAUCCCCACCAUGGUGACGACGUUCGAGUGCUGCAACAGCCACGGACGAAAGGUGGAGACGCCGACCCACGACAUAACGGAUACCUUCAGAGAGAUCGUCUUCUUCGGCCAGAUCAUCUUCCCUUUCAUCAUCCUCGUCUUCUGCACCUUCCGUAUCGUCAACCGGCUGAGGAAGAAGACGGUUGGGGAAAAGGUCAAACUGAGGCGAGCGGUGUGGGUGGUCCUGUCCGUUGUGGUGGUCUUCUCCAUCUGCUUCCUGCCCAGCACCUUUGCCCGUGCCGUGUUGAUUGCGGUGAGGCUGAAGGAGUGGCAGCAGGCGGAGGACAUCGUGGUCCAGGUCUACGACAGCCUCAUGGUCCUGUCGUACAGCGACUGCCUGCUGGACCCGUUGGUCUACUGCUUCUGCAACUCGGGGUUCAAAGAUGCCUACGUCGCCACCUUCUGCCCAAAGUUCAUCCAGAAGAAACUGCAGAUGUGCAACUUUGGUCCACCAGGGGUCACCACCACCACAACAACAAUAUCAACAACCUCUGGGGGAAGGAUUGUGGCGAUCCCGAUGUUACAAAAGUAACCUGCCAUCUUGUCAUGGUCUGAAGAAACAGAGAAUCUCCCUCUAGUGUCGUUACUACAGUUGGCCAGCAGGGGCUAAGAGUUUCCACUGAAACCAAUUGGAAAAACAAACCAGCUGAAUUUUCAGUCAAGACAUUAUUGACAGUUAAUGCAAGAGCCAAUCACAGACCAGAUCUGCUCAUUUUUGAGCAGUUUUCUCAGGUUCGGACAGCUAAUAGCCUGCCCCCUGCUGGACUCUUCUGGCACAGUGUGGUCUAUCGAUGGAUGGAUUCCACAUGGCACUGAUGUCACUGCCUCUGGGAGAGGACGCCACAGUCGUGAAAACGAACCUUUUGAAUUUCAGUGUUUUUUGAAUUAACUGUUGAGAAGCAACGCAGCAAAGGACGUUCUUUCAGGACAACGUUCUUUCAGGACAUGGUUCUUUCAGGAGAUGGUUCUUUCAGGACAUGGUUCCAGUGGUGCUACAGACUGCACGUGUUUCUGCCACAGUUAAAGGUGAACCACAGGUUGUUACAGGCCAUUUGUUGUCAGAGAAUCUCAGACCGUCCUGUGGAAAAUACCUUCAGGUGCAGUAAUAAUAAUAAUAAUAAUAAUAAUAAUAAUAAUAAUAAUAAUAAUAAUAAUAAUAAUAAUAAUAAUGGUCGUAUUUUUGUCAUAUUUAACUAAAACUAAGGGCAUUACAAGACUGGUGCUGUGUCACCUGUCCAUCAGGACAGAGAAGACAGACAACGUUGGUGUUUGGAAUAAUUACAGCUGUGAUUCAAAUGUUUUGCUCUUCUUAAAGCCAACAAUUAAUAAACAAGUGGCUACAAUUCCGCACAAAAUGUCAGAAAAAGACAGGAAACAGUCAAACAACAAAGCAAACAAUAUUUCUAAGUCUUUAAGUCACUGGUCGGCUUUGCAGUUUACAGGAAGGUGCGACGUGUGCUCGCACAGUCGGUCAGACCACAGGGAAACAGAGCAGAUCACUGACACUGAUCUUUGUCCUUUUCACCAAAUAGGUUCGACGUUUGACGUUUUCUUUCUGCCUGGACUUUUUGAUGUCGUUCGUAAAAAACAGUGACUCAACGACAGUCGUGUUCGGUUGAUUGGAGAGAAAAAAAACUGAACAGAACAAAAGUCAGAGCAGUGACGGACGAGACAGUCUCUGGUCUGGACCUGUGUACUGUAGUAGUCAAUCAGUCAUCAUCACUACAGUGACCGGUCACAAAGGUCCAGUCAGGACCACAAUCAUUUACCAUCGGCUGGGAGCAAAAGUACUAGGAAAAGUCAAAGUAUUACUGGUCUACACACAAUAACUGAUUAUAAGGAAGGAAUAAGAAGAAAGUAGAAAGCCGAGUGCAACUUCCAAAAAACUAAAAAAAAAAAAAAAACAGGAAAAGUCAAACCACAGAA